AUUCCGUUAAUGGAUAAUCUCACACUCGAUCGAAGAGACAAAAAGGUUCGUGAUGAAAUCUCUUUUGAUGCGAACCGGUUCGAUGCCGGUUCAGACCCGGUUUAUUCCGUCGACAAUCGCCCGAUACAACUCCGUCGAAUCGUUAUCCACCUACGGCGAGAGAUUCCCCGUCGGCAAGAUCUCGAUCGAUGCCAAGUCCGCGGCGGGGAUGCGGAGGGUGUUAUCGGAAAGCGACGUGAUUAGAUCGGAGAGAAUGUCGAAGAGCGUAGUCGGAUCAAAGCCUUCGCCGGCGAGAAUCCCGGAGGAAGAGGAGCAAGGCUUCUCCGUCGGUGGCGGUGGAUCUGGUUUCAGCGGCGGAGACGGAAGCAGAGGAGGCGGAGGCGGGUACGAGUACGAGGAUAGGAGCAGGAUCGGUGAUUACUAUCGAGAGAUGUUGAAAUCGAAUCCGAACAGCUCGCUUCUUCUGAUGAACUACGGCAAGUUUCUCUACGAGGUGGAGAGAGAUUUGGAGAGAGCGGAGGAGUAUUACGGGAGAGCAAUACUUGCGGAUCCAGGUGAUGGUGAAGCGUUGUCGAUGUAUGGGAAGCUGAUUUGGGAGACGAAGAGAGAUGAGAAGAGAGCUCAGUGUUACUUUGAUCAAGCUGUUAACGCUUCUCCUGAUGAUUGUAUGGUUUUGGGAUCAUACGCUCAUUUCAUGUGGGAAGCAGAGGAUGAUGAUGAAGAAGAAGAAGAAGACUUGAUGGUUGGUGCAUCACCGGCUAUGAUGGUUUCUGCGGUUUAGAAACGCCUAAAGACUUGUUAACACGAAGAAGAAGAGUAAUGGAGAUACUUUGACUAUGUAUGGAGUGUUUACUUUAUUUUCUAACUCUUUUGUUUUACUUGCGAUGUAAUAGUAAUCUGAAGAGAAGAGCAAUAAACAUAUAUGUGACAUAAAAUGAAUGUAAUGAUAUGCACAGAUAAUAAAAAGGGCUUAUGUAAA